AUGAUUAGAAUUGAAGGUUACGACGAUACAACGCCACACAGUUCUUGUGAAUCAAACAAUUGUGAUGAGAAAAAGCCAUCAAAGAAAUUUGUGAUUCCAGUGGUUACAUCAGUUAUUCCAACUUUCAUCCUCUUGACUGCCUUGCUUCUCUUCUGGCGACGAAAAAGGAAGACAAAACAAGGGCGCUUGGCUGAAACAAUUGAUAAGAAAGAUGAAUUUUUGAAAUCAAAAAACAGAAGUUUUACCUAUUCAGAAAUCCUAAAAAUCACUAGAAACUUUGAAAGGGUUCUUGGAAAAGGUGGUUUUGGAACAGUGUAUCAUGGUUGUUUAGAGGACAUUCAAGUGGCUGUUAAGAUACUCUCUCAAUCAUCUAUCCAAGGUUACCGUGAGUUUCAAACCGAGGCUGAGCUUCUGACAAGAGUCCAUCAUCGAUACCUAACUUCACUGGUUGGGUAUUGUUACGAGGAUGAACACAAAGCUCUUGUUUAUGAAUACAUGGCUAAUGGGAACCUAAGAGAUUCUUUGUUAGAGAAAAGUAGUCAUGUUUUGAGCUGGAUAGAAAGACUCCAAAUUGCAAUGGAUGCUGCACAAGGAUUGGAUUAUUUGCACAAUGGCUGUAAACCACCUAUAAUUCAUAGAGAUGUCAAGACUACCAACAUUCUGCUGAACGGGAAACUACAAGCAAAAUUAUCCGAUUUCGGGUUGUCUAGGGUUUUUAUUGUUGAUGAUGGCUCCUAUGUUUCCACUAGGGUUGUUGGCACUCUAGGAUACCUUGAUCCAGAGUAUUAUGAGUCUCAUAGAUUGACAGAAAAGAGUGAUGUCUACAAUUUUGGAAUCGUGAUCUUGGAGUUGAUCUCAGGAAGGCCAGUGAUCGUAGUGAAUGAUGAGAAACCACACAUACUACAAUGGGUUAGCGUUUUCUUGGAGACGGGAGACAUUAAGAAAAUAAUUGAUCCUAGGCUGAAUGAGGAGUUUGAGGUGAAUUGUGUGUGGAAGGCAUUAGAGCUUGCAAUGGCAUGUGCAUCUCCUAUUCCAAUUAGAAGACCAAACAUGGACUACGUUGUCAUGGAAUUGAAGGAAUGUUUGGCCACUGAGAAAGUGCGAAGAGAAAGGCAUGCUCAAACAUUUUAUUCCGAAGAAGUAAUAGAAGUCACCCCCAUUAUUGCUCAAGACAAUAGCACUAUUGGUCCAAGAUAGAAACUGAA